AUGGCUGAAAAAAAUUUAACUACCCCUGGGUUAACAGAUGGGGAGACUUCAUCCACAUUAAGAACAUUACUAGGAAGUGCAUUUUCUAAUAUGAGCAUUAGUGAUUCAUCAACAACUUCCGGUACAUUAAGCACACCCAUUAGUUCUCCUUUUGCGGAAAAUUUACCUACAGACACAUUUACUAAUAUUACAACGGAUGGAAUAGCUGCCAAUCAGACUACACCAAAUACACCGUUUAAUGUUACCGCUAUUCAAGAUGCAGUUACAUCUGCAACGACUGCAGUACAAAGUGCUGUGCGUGAAGUACUAAAUACAACGAUUGGAAACGCUACAAAUUUAGAAAUGAGAAGGAACCUUACUGAAAUGUUCAAUUCUACUGUUUCGGGUGUGCUUAGUGAUACUCAGAAUGCGACUUCCGAUCCGACUUCUGGCAAUACAGCAGUAGGAAGAUAUAUGAUUAGAUUAGGCAGAGCCAUAACAGAAUCGGCAAACUCUACCUUUAGCACUCUUGAAAGUAUGGGGACAACUGGUCCUACCGCUAUUAAUGCAACUUCUCCAUCAUAUACAAAUAUCACCACAAAUGGAACCAUAACUCCAGAACCUACGUUUAGCCCUUUUACACCUGCGUAUUUAAUAAUAAUGUUCCUUAUUUCAGUUUUAAUAUGGGUGCUCAUAAUAUAUAUGAAUGUUUGUGACAAGAAAAACUAUAUGAAAAGAGAAAGGAUUGAACUAAGAAAUAUGUUGAUGAAACUACAUGCAGAAUACCAGAAUACGACUAAUGAAAAUAGAAGUAGAAGAAGGCGUUAUUAUAGUGAAACAGAUUAUUAUGAGGAGGAUGAAGGGAUGAAGAAUAAAAAUGAAGCUGGGGAUGAUGAUGAAGACAGCGAUUCAACCUAUUAUAUUGAAUAA